AUGGUUGUGACUUUAAAAUGUUUAGCAGAUGUUUGUUUAAUUCCAAUUGGGACUGGGACACCGUCUGUGUCCAACGAAGUAGCAUUGAUCACAAAUCUAGCAAGAAAUUCGCAUUUAAAAUGUACUUUGCAUAGCGCUGGAACGACAAUAGAGGGUCCGUGGAAUGAAGUUACGGAUUUGAUCGGACAAAUGCAUCAGUUACUACACAAAAAUGGAGUCGUUAGAAUUCAAAGUGAUAUUAGAAUCGGUACUAGAAUCGAUAAGUCACAAUCACCACAAGAUAAGAUUAAUGUAGUCGAGGAAAAAUUGAAGAAAAUGAAUCUGAUACAGUAA